GAGAGAGAGAGAGCGCGCGAAAGAGAGAGAAGAGCGUCGCAGCGGCCUUGUUGGGAUUCACUACAUACAAAAAAAUGCUGCACGCCAUCGACCUCAAGCCACACGGCCUGCCUCCGCUCCAAGCCAUGCCCAUGCAGCCCAUGCAGCAAGCAAUGACUGCCAACGGUGCUGCGAAUGGUGCCGCACGCAAGCCGCGAGCAACCGCACAAAAGCCGCUGCUCGCAAUGGCUCCAAUGCCAAUGCCAAUGCAGCAACAACAACAACCGCAGCAGAUGAUGCACUUCCAGCCGCAGCAGCUCCUGCUCGACGACGCCAUGCUGCUCGGGGACGGAAUGGACGUCAACGACAUGAUGAGCUUUAUGAACACGCGGGCGGCCGUGGACAACGACGACGACCACGACGAUGGAGACGACUUUGACGACGAGGACGACGCUUUGGCUGCUGCUGCUCCUCAUGGCGCCGCGUCGUUCGACUUUGCAUCGCUCAUGCCCCAGCCACUGAUGCCGGCCGCAUCCACCGCCCCAUUCCAGACCGGCACCGGCCUCCUCCCUUCUGGCCCUGGUGUUGACGAUCUGCUUGCGUCUCUGAUGGGCACGUCUUCGGUGAUGCAACCGCAGACCCUGCUCAACCCGAAUGCUGCGCCAAUCUCGCUGGAGCAAAACGCCAAUCUGAUCAAUCUCAUCAUGUCGCUGGGUGCGGCUGCUCCUCCUUCCGCACAAGCCAUCGAUGCAUCUGCUGGCGCCAACCUUGCCAAACCUUCAUUGUCGGCGGCUGCAGAGAUUCGGCGAGCGACGCGCGUCGAACGUGAAAAGCGCCGCCAGAAGAACAUUAACAGCGGGUUUGAUGUCAUCAAGGAACUCGUCCCGGGAUGCUCGGAUUUGAAGAUUUCGCGCGCGACUGUGCUGCAGCGCUGCGCCAACUACCUGACCCACGCACAGCAGGCGCUGGGGCAGUACAAGGUGGUCAACGAGCACCUCAAGAGCGAAAACUCGCGCCUGGUUGCCGAGAACGCACGCUUGUCAGCGCUCAUCGAAGGCAUGAUGAAGAAUUCGCUGAGCCAGUUUGGCAUUACGUCCCAGUCCUUUGCCGCGGCUGCCGCUGCCGCUGCAGCUGCCGCAGCUGCUGCCGCCGCCGCCAACACGACGACGUCCAUCGCUCCGGGCACCUCGACUUUGCGCCCUGCCAACCCAUCGAGCCUCUCGCCGGCUUCGGUCGACGGGUCCAUCGUCUCGCGAAGCAGUAACCGAAGCUCCAACUCUGUCUCGUCGGCGUCCUCAUCGCCCAGCAACGACGCGGCCGUCCACUCGCCGCAUGGGUCGUCGCCCUCGCCAUCGUCAUCCACGGCCUUCUCUGGCGUUUCCCCCAAGCUGCGCACAUUGUCGCCCCUUCUGCCUCAUCCCACUGCGCCGAGCGUCGAUCUGCUCAUUCCUCCGGCAGAUCUGACCGAGCCUGGCUCCAAUGUCUACGUUAAGGACAGCACCCGCAUCCUCUUGGUGCUGUGUGUCUUCUUUUUGAUUUUCCCGGCGGUUGGCUUCUUUUCCCGUGAAGAUCCGCAUCUCAUUGCGGGCGGCAACGUUCCUUCGUUCUCGAGUGGCCGUGCUCUCUCCAGCGUGGAUGCUGGUUUGGACGGCGGCGCAGCCAUCCCGACGACGACCGACGACGGCUUCCUGAGCGGCAUUUUCAGCUUUGUGCCUCUCUCGGUUGUUUAUCACAUUCUUUUGUGCUUCCGCUGCCUGGCUGCAAUGAUUGUCGCUCGUUUGAUCUUGUCGUCGCUCGAGCCCAUCGCCUACCGCUCCGAGACGAUGGUUUCUCAAGCCGCCGUUUUGCGCAAAGCUGGCGAGACUGCUUACAAGGAGGGUCGUUUCGAAGCGGCGCACGAAUUCUUUGUGCAAGCGCUCGGAACCCUUGGAAAUCGGUACUCGUUCUCCUCCAACUGGCGGUCAGCUUUGAACAUCCUGAUCGAAACUGGACAUCAUCAACUCUCGAAGUGGAAAGUGGGUCAAAUUGUGGAUCGUCUGCACCGAUGGGCCACUCGCACCAACACUUCCAGUGCCAACCACGAGCUUGCUCGGAUUUAUCAUGGCAUCCACAUGCUCGAGUGUUUCCAGCACGGACGUGAAAAGGCUGCCAUUUACAGUGCACUGAAGGCCCUGAACCAUGCUGAGGCGUACGAGCACAUUUACGGCGCCACAACACCCGUCCUGUCCCAGAUCUAUUGCUCCAUGGCAUUCAUUUACGACCGUAUUUUCCCGCAGUUCAACUACAUUACCAGACAUUAUCGCAAUCUUGUCAAUCGACGCAUUCUGGAUUUGGGCGAGGAUCACGCUCGCGGUGUUCAAGAAAUCCUGCAGCUCCAGCGCUCCGAGGGCCACUGGUGCCAAAUCAACCCGAUGCCUGGCCUGUUCAUCGUCUUCAUUCUGCUUUUGGCUUGCACACUCUGCCAGUUCACUGCAUUCUUCUUUUCCACCCACACGUACACCGACUCGGCUCUCAUGCACAACGCGAUGGUGGUGCCCACGUUGAUUCUGUUCCCGGUUGCAGUCCUCACAACCAUGCCAUAGUUGUUUUUUUUCCGUUGUGCCCCCAUUUUGAACUGGGCUUUGCUGUUCCUGUUAUGACUAUCGUGCGUUGGCCGCCCGCCCUCUCGGGGUUGCAUGCAAGCGACAACUGCGAUGAUUUUCCUUGUUUCUCUUUCCUUUGUUUUUCUUGGUCUUUUCUCUUACCGUUAAACCUGUCCGUCGCCUCCACUUCGUAGCAUGCGAGCAUUGUACAAACAAUAAUACAAAACAUUUCAAUCAA